UUUUUAUUAAUCGUUUUACACCAAUUAUGAAGUGAUAUUAUACUUGAAAUUCCCUAUUUUAACAUUUGUGUUUCUUAACCACAUCUACUUUACUAUACAUUGUCAUACACUUUUCAAAUUAUUCUACUUUAUAUUCAUCCACAAUCCCUACCUUUAAUUUAUUUCUUAGUCUUCUACCUGAAUUAUAGGUUUUGAAAUAUUAUACACUGAAAUCUUUGAUUUUUUUAAAAUUUUGUUGUUUUAUUUUUAAAGAUAUUUUCUUAAAAUUAUAUUUUUAGUUUUUUAAUUUUUACCCCGUUUUCAUAAUCAUUUGUUUUACGUGAUUUUAACUUACCACUUUUUCUUUUUUCAUUCAACACCAUAAUGUGUUAGUCGAUAUUUUUUAUGUGUCCCUUAUUUUCGCUAAUUUUUAUAAACAUUUGUUGAUUUUCGUAAUAGAAUUCUAUUUCCCUCAUUUUAACACAAUUUUCGUUUUUUCAUUACACUUUUAUUACGUGAGUUUUCAAAAUGGAAUACGAAUUACAGUCUCUGAGUAAUGAAAUCUCAUCAACCGCCAGUACACUUGUUGAUUACGUGAAUGAUCCUGAAUUUGAAGAUUCAGAUCAAGAGUUUAGCCCAGGAGAUGUGAACAAACUGCGCAAGAAUAUUAUGAAUAGAGCUCUAGAAGCGGAGGUGGAGGAAGCUUUUUCAUUAUUUGACAAGAAUAAUGAUAAUAAAAUUGAUUUUUUUGAAUGUCAAGCGGCUUUUAAGGCUCUUAGGCUUAACCCAUCCUCAGAAAAUAUAAAGGAGUUAUUUAAAGAGGUUGGAAAGGAUGAAAAUGACACGCUAACUCCAACUGACUUUAAAACCCUUAUAGUUUCUAGAAUACACACUCGAUACAACUCGAAAGAGAUAGAGAAAAUAUUUAAUCAGCUCCAGGAUGGAACAGGGAAAAUCACAUUAGAGAGCCUAAAAUCGGCAGUUAAUGAUAUAGGAGCUGACAUUUCAGAAAAUGAGCUUAGUUUAAUGAUAUCUGAAGCCUCAAGUAACGGAACAUAUAUUCCCUACGAGGACUUUGCAAAUCUUUUAAAACGUUCCUGGACUGGCGACCCAUUUGAUUUGAUAUUUGAUUCUGAGUUCGAACCUUAAUCCGACUAAUUAUUCACGAUUUUAAUUUUAAAAGUAUAAUGUGUAAAUGAACUCAUUUUUAUAUUGAUUUUCAAACCCAUAUUCAUCACCCUUUUAAUGUGUAUUCUAGU